UCAUUCAUAAAUUUUUUUAGUCAAGUGCCUUCGCGAAUUAACCGCCUACCUAUUAAAAAUAUGUAUUCGUUAUUAGCUUUUACAUCGACCACUUGGUUUCUCAUAAUUAUUCUAUGCGUAAUGAUCGGUUUGUUCGUUUUAUUGGAAAAUCGCGAAGUUAAUCACGACGAGUGUGGCGAAGGCAAAGAAUUAGAUGGACCUGUUCCUUUGCCGGUAAUCGGCUCUUUGCAUUUACUGGCCGGAUAUAGUGUACCGUACAAAGCUUUUCGUAUAUUGGGCAACAUUUAUGGAGACGUAUUUCGCAUUAAAUUGGGAUCUGUGCCUUGUGUAGUGGUCAAUGGAUUGGAUAAUAUAAGAGAAGUACUGAUGGCCAAAGGAGAUCAUUUCGAUGGAAGACCGAAUUUUGCCAGAUAUAAUUUAAUUUUUGAUGGAGAUAAACGUAAUUCUUUGGCCUUCUGCGACUGGUCAGAAUUGCAAAAAACCAGAAGAGAAUUGCUACGAAUCCAUACAUUUCCUCAAUCAUUUUCAGCAAAAUUCCAGCAACUCGACAAGUUCAUAAGUUCUGAAACGAACUCGUUAUUUGAACAUUUAUCAACUUACGACGGAAAUCCAGUCGCAUUCAAACCACUUCUGCUGCACACUUGCGCCAAUAUAUUCAUGUUGCACUUUUGCAGCAACAGAUUCAAAUACGGAAAUGAACAAUUUUCUCAAAUGAUACGUUACAUUGAUCAAAUUUUUUACGAAGUGAAUCAAGGAUACGCGGGAGACUUCAUGCCGUGGAUGUUGCCAUUCUAUCAAAAACACUUCAACACUAUUCACAAAUGGACCAAGGAAAUACGAAAAUUCACCAUGGAAAUCGUCAACGAAAGAUAUGCGACUUGGCAAUCUGGCAGAUCCAGUGAAAGCUUCGAUUACAUUGAUACCUUGAUUGAAUCUAUUAUAAAGGAAGAUGAUAAAGAAAUGAAUCUUGAAAUAGCCAUGUUUUCGUUGGAGGAUAUCAUUUCGGGACACGCGGCUAUUGCCAAUUUUUUAAUGAAAGUUUUAGCUUAUAUUGCUGUCAGACCACAUGUCCAAGCCAAAAUAAGAGAUGAAAUACGAAAAGUGACCAAAGGAAGUAGAGAUGUUAGGUUAUCAGAUCGAAGGCGGAUGCCAUAUACAGAAGCAGUGAUAUUAGAAACUAUUAGAUUAAUAGCAUCACCAAUCGUUCCACACGUUGCUAGUCAAGACAGCUCUAUUGCAGGAUUCAAAGUAAAGAAAGGAACAAUGAUUUUCCUGAAUAAUUACGACUUGAAUUACGGACCAGAACUAUGGGAAAACCCGGAACAAUUUUCACCCGAAAGAUUUCUGAGCAAAGAAGGCCUUUUAGUCAAACCAGACCAUUUUUUUCCAUUCAGCACCGGCAGAAGAUCAUGCAUGGGAUACAAAAUGGUUCAAUAUUUAUCAUUUUCCAUUACCGCGUUAAUUUUACAAAAAUACCAAAUCGAACCAGUCAAAGGUCUUUCUUACGAUGUUCCAAUAGGAGAUUUAGCUUUACCGUAUGAAACCUACAAAUUUAGAUUUAGACCCAGGCAUUAUAGAAAGCUGAAGCAUCAUCACUCAUGA